AUAUGAUAUAGUCGUCCGAUCCGUAUAAUACCCUGCAAGGGUAUAAAUAUGGUUUCAAGGUGUAUUACAGGAUUAAUUUUAAAGACACAAAAAUCCCCCUUAAACAACUGGUAUAUUGCGUCGGCGCAUCCACGGCCAUAUUGAUGCCAUUUUCAGGGGCUCCGGCUGCGUUCACACCAAGUCUAAAGCUCGACUCGCCCUGACGCGCGUAACGCUUUUUUCCCGCAUUUCCUCCACACUCAUUUGGCGCUGAAAAAUCCAACCCAAUAAAGGCAAAAAAAGGAUGCACCAAAUCAAAUUUGCAACCAAAAACCGAAGCUGCACCUAACCAGGUAUCAGGAUUUAAAAUAGAUGUAUUAAUUUAACUCUCCUUCAAUGUGACAACAAAAAUAGAAAUAGUGCGCGAAUAAAAACCCGAAUAAUUAAAUGGGCCUAGACCAAAAUACAACUUUUUCGUUUCUUUUAAAAAAGUUUGUUUUGAAUUAACCAAAUAAAAUUAAACGAAUGGCGGCGACAUUUACUCAAAGUAAAUCGUUAAAGUGAAAAUUGUGCAAUAAUUUAUAGAAAUUUCUAUGAGAAAUUCAUAAGUGUGCUCUGAUAAUAAAUAGCCAUUAAAUGCGAAAAUACAAAAUGUUAUGCAACUUAAAGUUACACAAAUAAUUCAACAAAUAAGCAACCAAUCACAAAUUCUGCUCUUUGAACAGAAAGCAAAUACCACAGAGUCGCGCAGUACAUAUAUGCACGACUAUACAUAUAUUUAUAUAUACAGAAGGAUGUGUGUAUAUAGCGGAGCCUGAGACCUAGAAAUAAGGAGGGCAACAAACAUUGGAUUACAUUUUGCCGCCAAGUUUUGGCCAAAGAAAACCCACCAACAAGAAAAGAAACGAAUCCAAGACAGAAGCACAGUCGAAAUCUAAAUGCCCACCUGACCAGGAGCAGGAAGCACCUACCUAUCCCCGCAGCACCUGGGAAUUUUCACCCACGCACGCAAGCGCAGGCUCCCCGGGAUUCAUACAUAGCACCAAAACCACAAAAAAAAACACACACAUAAAAAAUUAAGACAAUAAAAGGAAACCGAAGGCGGAACACGGAGCUGCCGAAAUUGCUUUUACUUUGAUUUCAUUUCGCCAAUUGUUUCAACAUGUGGAGGAAGGCGAGCAGGAUGGUCAGGGAGACCACCUCGUGGAAAACGCGUCGUCAGGGCCAAACGGAAGCCCCAACAGCAGCAGCAACAACAACACCAGCCAGGACAAGGACACACACGACCCAAGGAUUAAUCAUCACAUGGUCGCAGUUGGCAGUUGUUGCUGUUGUUGCAGCACUUCUUAACUCCUCAGAUUGUCAAGCCGGGCGAGCACCUCCGGAGCCCUACUACGGCAGCUACGUCGGAGAGUUUACCAACUUUGCCCACGGCAUCAAGGGUCGAAUCUAUGCGGUGGACGAGUCGACGCUGUUUGUCAAAUCCUUUGCCUACGACGGCACCGGACCGGACGCCUUCUUCUGGGUGGGCAAGACGCCCCGACCGAGUCCCGAUGGCUACAUCAUACCCUAUCCGGAGGAGUACAUGGGCAUGGAUCCACCCAUCCUGCAGGCGCACAACGGAACGGACAUCCUACUGCGCUUACCCAUGGGCAAAAGGAUUAAGGACAUUCGAUGGCUGUCAGUGUGGUGCAGACGCUUCACGGUCGACUUUGGCGAGGUGUUCAUUCCACCCAAUCUGGAUGUGCCCAAGCCGCGGGUCUUGCCCGAGUUCAAGCGCCUGGCCCACGGUCUCCGUUCGAGCAACAUCAGCGUACUGGACGCCAGGACGUUCUACAUACCCAACCUGCACUACGACGGAGCCGGACCCGAUGCCUACUUCUGGGUGGGCAACGGCAGUGAACCGAACAUCAUGGGCAUAAAGGUCCCCAACGAGGUGGGUUCGCUGGAACCACUGCGCGGCUAUCAGGGCGAGGACAUUGAGAUCCAAUUGCCUGCCAACCUCACCGUCUACGACAUCGAUUGGCUGGCCGUGUGGUGCGUGGAGUAUCGGCACAAUUUCGGACAUGUCUACAUUCCGCGGGAUCUGGACGUCCCGCCGGCCUUGGGCCAGACCAAGAUCACGCCAUUAUGGUGGUAUUCACCCACCACGACCACCCCUCGGCCCGCAGUGUAUAGCAACUGUCGCGAGAUCCUGCCAAACCGACUGCAGGUAAAGUGGGAGCUCCAGGGCGAGCACUUGCAGGUGGAACUCUUCGGACGCAUCGCUGAGAACCAGUACAUGGCUUUCGGUCUGUCCGGGGCAAACGGACGCGCACAGAUGGCCCAGUCCGACGUGGGUGCCUUCUACGACACCAAUGCUCGCGUCUUCCGGGCCGAGGACUACUUCAUUUCAGACUUGUCCCAGUGCGACGGGCAGAGAGGUGCCUGUCCCGAUGAGCGUAUUGGGGCCCGCAACGAUGUGAUAGUUGUGAGCGGCGACAGGAAGAACGGGGUCACCAGCAUCCGAUAUAAGCGUCUGCUACAGACCAACGAGGCCAUCUAUGAUUCACCGAUUCCCAUCGAUCGCGAGGUCUCUGUAAUUGCUGCUAUUGGACCCCUCAAUGCCCGGAAGGAGGCCAACGCCCACUCGCACACCGCCAGCGAUCACAAUCAGGACGACAUCCGCAUCAAUUUUGGGUCUCGGAACGAUCACGCCUGCAAGAGUUCACUGUAUGACGUGAAGGACGCCGGACCCAAGCCAUGGCCCACUCGCAAGAUCGAGGGCGUCAGGAAGUUCCGGGCCAGCAUUGGACCCACGGGUGGCAAGCGUGGCUACACGCCCAUCACCGGAGUGCCCUCGUGGGGCAUUGCCUGGUACGUGAACGAUCUGCUGAUCCCCGAGAUCACGGUGGAGCGUGGCCAGACCUACGAGUUCAUCAUUGAGGGCGGCAACGAUCCCUCGAUGCCAGCCAGAUAUCAUCCGUUUUACAUUACGGACUCACCGGAGGGCGGGUUGGGUCAGAAGGUUGGUCUAGAUGCCCGCAAACAAAAGGCCUACGCUGGAGUGGAGUAUGACGAGGAUGGCGAUGCUAUUCCCACUGGAGGUGGUCGCUACUGCGAGUGGGAGCAUCAGACCGUUGACCGUUCGCUGGAAAUAGAAACCUUUGAGGAAUACAUGAAGACACUGGAGUACAAGUGUGAGGACGGCGAGCCUGGCUAUCUCAACUGGACGGUGCCGAUGGAUGCUCCGGAUCAGCUGUACUACCAGUGCUUUACGCACAACAAUCUGGGCUGGAAAAUCAACGUCGUCGACAUGGGAGCCUCCGGCGGAUCCAGCGUCAGCGUUAACCUUAUCGUUUUUAGCGGGCUUUCCACAGUCCUUGGCCUGGUUGCGACACGCCUUCUACUGACUGGCCACGUGCUUGCCUGAUAGUGCUCUGGCAUUGGCCAGUAAAUUUGAUUAAAUUGUAGAUUUAUUUAGGGGCCAUCGGCAGACAAGGUCCUUCGGCAUCAUUCGAGCACAUAUCCAGCUCCCUACAUAUCCUUUAACACAACGACGAAUCCCGCUUCUCGCGACGAAUUUAUGAUUUCUCAAUCCCAUGAAAAUGAUGACCGGACCUGGGUGUCUGUCGAGGGCCUGGGGUUCGGGCCAGUAGUAGACUAGGGCGACUUUCACAACCAGGCUAAUAUCAUCUGACAAAAACAUAUCUUGACAAUAAUUCGUAAGAUGUAAAAGUGUUGAAAAUUGUGUGUGCAUGCGUGAGAGGGUCCACUGUACACGGUACAGUGUGCAGUGGCCGAAGAAUGGGUGUGGGGCCACCGCCGGAGGGCAUAUUGCGGUCGAUGGCAGUAGGCUUUUGGGGGCGGGGCGCGAUGUCUUUUUGUACAUUUUACGAGUAUGGAAUUCUACUUUUUUACAUGUAUACUUAUUCAAUUUACUUAUACAUACAUCUAUAUCUCUAGCGCAGUAAAAUGUAAUUUUCUAGCAACAACUACAAACGAAAAACACCCUACGCUACAUGCCUAGAGAGACCCAACCAACAUGGUUAUAUGCCAAGUGUAAGCCGACAAUAAUGAGGUGACACUGCGACAAUAAACAAACAAACCAUAAUAAUAAUAACUAUAAUACAAAUAAUGUGAACGAAACACAAUAAAUACUUAUGUUUAGACAUUGUACAAUAACAAUAAGGAGGAGGAAAGUGUAGAAAGUGAGGAAUCAGAGGCAAUUUGUAUGACAAUAAUAAUAUCUACAGAUUUGUGAAUUUUGAGAAACGGUCUCGUUGACGGACAAUACAAUACUUUUACACAAUUUGAAUGUACUAAGGAAACACUAAUUGAUAAUUGAUAAUUGAUAAAUGACAUUACCAGAUCAAACAUAUGUUAUUUAAUGCUACUGACACUAACUACUGUGGUGCUUCUUGUAACGAUAUUAGACGAAAUGUAAAUCACGCUCAAUGCGGCUUUUGUUAUCGAAGGACGACGAUGCUGAUGGUUUUCUUGAAACUUUUUUAACUAUAUUUGCGUAAUUGGUGUUUUUACAUAAGCAUGAUAUAUAUAUGUAUAUUCGUACGUGUUUACAAUAAGCGAAAAGCAGAGAAAAGCAACUAAGAUGUACGACAAUAAAGAGUGCGCCAACAAACAGAGGAGCACAGAGGAUAGUCGAGGGAAAUUUAAUAUAUAAUAUUAUGAAAUCGGAUAAAUAUGCAUGUACGGUAAAUCUUUUUGAUAGUUCUACGCAUUAAUUUUCCACCUUGGCUCGGUGUAAGCAAAUAUUGAGAUCAUUCAAUGAGCUAAUUAUAAGAAUGGACUUGUGUACUUUCCCUAAGCUAUAUAGAUGUAUAAAAGAGCAAGGACCUUGGAGUUUGUUAAGUUUCUGUUGUUGCGUUGAGUUCUGUUGAGACUUCUCCCUUGUUUCCUCUCCCUCUAUAAAAAUAUAUUUACUAAUAUUAAGGACAACUGUACAUUUCCGGGGCAACAAAGACAUAGAAAAGUGUGUAAGAGGUCUUCAGCUAUGGAGAGUUUUGAUAUUGUAACUUGUGAAGAUCCUGAGGACGAACAGGAGGUUUGUAAGUCAAAUUUAGUUUUGUAUAGAUUAAUGCAGCUAAGCGCACAAGUGUCCAGAGAUCAUGAAAACGAAUAGAAACAUAUGUAUGUAUAUGUACGAAGAGCAAAGGAUUUACAAGUACAUAAAUUCACACACAUUUAUAUCCAAUUGAUAUACAUAUACAACACGCAUAAGAACAUAUUUACAUUAAACAAGAGGCAAGAAUAUUACAUUCAAAGAAUAUCCCAAUAUUAAGGAAUUUCCAUGUCGAUUAUAACUUAACAUCUCUCGUACUUAGAUAGCAACAUUUUUCUGCAUUACCUAAACAAAGUACUUUUCAUUACGAAUAAAAUAAAUUGAACUCGAAAUCAAAAGCAACUUGCAUUGAAAUCUCCAAUUUAAUAAUUAGAUAUGUACGUAUGCAUGACUCGCAGGCUAGGCGGCGGAGGACGAACAGUGAAACUAUUCCAUUUUUAAAUGUUAAUAUAUACAUACAUAGAUUGUAUCAGAUCCAAGAAACUCAAAACCCAUUGACAAUAACUCGCCAUCACAUUGGCCAGUUCCCGAAACAAGCGGUAGAGAAUUGAAAGAUUGAUGUCAAUAAGCAGCUUCACAAACGAAAUCAAAACUGCUAUAAAAACAAACACAAAGUCGAAAUAAAAGCAAAUAUUCUACAAAAAACUUUUCGAAAAACAUAUUUCGUUGUGUUGUUUUAUCCACUGACGGUACUAUUUUAGUUUAUCUCUCUGAGAGCAAGAACUUUCUUCCACUGCUCUUUACUUUUAUUUUCAUAUUUAUUUUUGAGGUCGGGACGGCGCGAACGCCAUUCCCGGCUACCAAAAAUUACACGCACGAGUUAUUCACAUUAGGAAUAAUCGCAG